AUGAAUUCAACAUCACUUUUAGAAAAUGCGCCAUAUUUAAAUCAAUCAUCACAUAUCCUAAUACCAGAAACAUACCAUUCCUUAUCAUUUAUUAAUUAUCUCUAUCAAAUAAUAUAUUCAUUCAUUGCUGCUGUAAAACAACAAUACCAAAAUGAUAGAAAUAUGGUAAGAGAACAUCUGGGACUGACACGGCUUUUAAAUAUAUUGGAAUUCUUCUUUAAUGGAUAUGCAUUAUCAUGUCUUUUCAUUGCAUUACUUUUAAAUAAAUUCAUUACUUUAGUUAAUCAAAGAUCACCACAGACAACCAACACUCUUAGACCUCAACAACCUAAGAAAAUGAUAUCGCAAACAGUUGCGUCUAUAUUCCAUAUCUCUGCUCUAAUUCCUUUAAUUUAUUCAUUGAUUCAACCAUUCAUUAGAAAUACUUCUUAUUCGAUGUUAAAUAAUCAAUAUUUCCUAUCCAUAUCGUAUACUAUAUUUUCAUAUUCGUUUAUUAUUGAGACUGUGGUAUCUACUCUGUCUCAAUUGACUCCAUUGGAUGGAUCAGAUUUUACAAUCUUUGAAAUAGCCAUCCAAUUCUUCAUGAUGUCGAAUUAUCAAUAUGAUAACGAUUAUCAGAAUAAACUAUAUUUAUUGGAUUGGCUAGUUGCAAUUUCCAACAGAAUAUUAAUACAUAUAGUGGAAUUGUUUAAAAUUAGAAAAUCAAGAUUAAUUAUAAGUACCAUACUAAACGUAACUCAUUUAUUGACAAUAAGUUGGUUCAUUAUUACAAAAGGUUGGUAUGAAAAUCUCCCAAGAUCAACUCGUUACAGACAUCUACCGAAAUUAUUCUCACUGGGUAUAAUCUUUACAUCAUUUAUGGUCUAUUUAUUAGCUUGUCUAGUUAGAUUCAACGGUAAUGUGAAGAAAUUUAAUGAAAGUUUGAAAAACUUAGAAUAUUAUAGUUUUUAUCAAAAUUGGACUAGUAAUUUAAAUUGUUCAGGUGAAGAAGAUUUCACCACUGUUGUUACUAAAUUGGCUAUGUUAUUGACUUCUGAAAUGGCUUCAAAUAAUCUUAGAAUUAGAAUGAGAUUUAAUUCAAUUAACGUUCCACAAGAUAUUAAUCCAAGUUUAUUACCUCCAAGUGAGAAUAUAUCACUAGAAAAACAAAGGAAUGAACGUCUGAAUGAAGAUAGAUCAUCUGGUUCAUCAUACUCUAUAAAGAAAAUAUGGCAUACCUCUCAUACUUACCUGCUCAAGAGGUUUAUAAGGAAUCAAUCAGAAGUUAUAGAACCAUGCAAUAUAUCUUCACAAGAACAACAAUUAGGUAACAUAGAGGAACAACAAGAAGAGAUACCUGAUGAAUUAGGUAUCAUUAAAACUGAGUUUACAGGAGAAGACGAAGAAGACCGAGAGUAUAUUUACGAAGAAACAAUAUCUGAAUUAGAAUCUGUAUCUUCCAAUUCAAAUACUGAAAUAUUAAUUGACCAGGAAGAACUUUUAGAUUUGCUCUUACCUGAAGAAUAUCAUGAUGAAAACGACCAUAGCUGUGACCACAACGCUGCUUAUAAUAAUAACGUUACCCUCGGUGAUGGCAGUGAUUGGUUUACUUCGUUCUUUCCAAUUUUGAAAUAUCAUCAAAAUAUGACUAAUGAAAACGAAAUAUUAACAAGAUCAAAAUAUUUGAACGACUUUUAUGAAAAGAAAAAUUGUCAAAAUUGUAACAAUGAAAAGACAAAGGACAAGGAUGCGGAUAUGAAGGAUGAAGUUUUCGAUCCAUCCUGCGUUGUUUGUAAAACAAAUGAGAGGAAUGUCAUAUUAUGGCCAUGUAAAUGUUUUGCGCUUUGUGAAGAUUGUAGAGUGUCAUUAGCCCUUCGGGGUUAUAAAAAAUGUGUUUGUUGUAGAACUGAAAUUCGUGGUUUCAGUAACUUGAAAUCUAUCAAUUUUAAUUAG